UCCCAUAUGAGUGUUAGCUAUCUUUAUCAGAUCCGUCUGGAUAUAUCAGUACUUGCUCCUGCUUUAAAUGCUGUUGAGAGACGUGGGACAUUCACAACCUCCACAUUUAUCUAACAUAUGAUAGAAAAUUAUUAGAAUGAAUGGAACGGCUUAUUCCAACUUUGACAACCAAGAACAUGUGCUUAAAUUAGGCGAAACUUUCCAGAAACAGUCAAAAAGUGGCUUCCAUACGGUGCGGUAUGACUUUAAACCAGCCUCUAUAGACACUACAUGUGAAGGAGAAUUAGAAGUAGGAAAAGGAGAGCAAGUCACCAUAACACUGCCAAACUUGGAGGGUUCCACUGCUCCAGUUACAGUAUUUAAAGGGUCCAAAAAACCUUAUAUGAAGGAGUGCAUUCUCAUUGUAAACCAUGAUACAGGAGAGUAUCGUCUGGAAAAGCUUAGCAGCAACAUUUCAGUCAAGAAGACCAGGGCGGAGGGAAGCAGUAAGAUCCAGUCACGUCUGGAACAGCAGACAAAUAGGCUUAGUCAGCAGAUGAAAAGUGCCAAUGGAGGCAAGGCACCAACCAGCUCCAAGACUUCCCCUCCCAAAGAGAAGAUGUCACCGGCAUCCCCUAUGGAUGAUAUUGAAAGGGAAUUGAUGGCCGAGGCACGAGUGAUGGAUCAGAUGAGCAGUGGUGACAGUUCCUCAGGAUCUCAGAGCUCCUCCCCAUCAAGCAGCGAGGACAGCUCAAGCAGCAGUGACUCCGAGGAAGAGACUCGGCCUUCGUCAGGCGGAUCCCACGCCGUGCCUGCACCAACGCACAGCAUGCCCAUCAUCUCUCAGGAGUGCAGGGAUGAGGGUGGUGGACACCUCAUGAACACAUUAAAAAAUGAUCUUCAGUUAAGUGAAUCUGGAAGCGAGAGCGAUGAUGACUGAGCUUGACGGAUCUUUGGGGACGGAUCUUUGGGCACCAAUCUCGAUGGGAAGAAGAGGAACAGAGUAUUGAGAGCUCUCCUGUCAUUAAUAGGGUUACUGGAAUUUCAACCAACCUUUAGUUACUACAUAUUUUUAGACAGCCAUUUGUCAACACUUGAUAUGAGGUUUGACAGGUUAAAUGCUGAUAGAUGUUAUGAUUAGUUUAGAUGUUAGUGUAUUAGAUUAGAUCUAUGUAGAUCCUAGUUGUUUAGGGCUCACUCAAAACACAGUGGCUUCCUCUGAAUAUGCAUCAGUACCAAAACUGUGAGUAAAUAAGACUUGAUCUCUUUUUAUCUGACCAACUAUAUACAUCCCAGAUGGCAGAUGUUUUUGAAGGCACACAGAUGUGUCGCUUGAAACUGGUGCAUUAGUAUUACAUUACAGUUCUAUAAUAUUUGCAAUUUAAUAUCCAAUAUUUAAGUUCUGCCAAUUUUAAACCUGCAAUACUUGAACAAUUAUGUCUGAAUUAUUCUAUGAAUGCUGCCUAAAAAAGUCUAGUGCUGUGACCUGUCUACUGAAGGUGCUUUUGAACAGAUAAGUAAUCCUGGCUGAGUAGCUUAUAUUUAUAUACUGGAAUCUCAUGUUGUGCUUCGCAAUAUUCUCAACUAAGUUUAUUCAUUAUUGGUCCAUUUGCAAGGAGGUAUUAAGCAGCAGUCAGAGAUUUAAAGGGGUCUCUUAUUAAUUAUUCAUCUCGUCACAAUGCAAAUGGAAAGAUUCAUUUAUUAAAGUGUAACAUAUGAUGAUUUUGCUGCUACAAAAAUGUGUUUAAACAUUAAAGUUGUAUAAACAUUAA